AUUUAUUUAAUAACAGGAUGACGGAUUGGAGAGCGCCGGAGAUGCUGCUGGUGCGGAGGAGGAGGCUGGAUGUGAAGAAAACGGGGCUGACAGGCGAGCUCCCGCUUCUCCUCCUGCUGGGGCUCCUCGUCGGGGAUGUCUCCCCGUCCACCGCUGAAUCCUGUGGAGGUGUAGUACAAGGCCUUAACGGCACAAUAGAAUCGCCUGGUUUUCCACAUGGCUAUCCCAACUACGCCAACUGUACGUGGCUGAUAAUAACGGGAGAGAGGAAUCGAAUCCAGCUAACCUUUGUUACUCUGGCGUUGGAGGAAGACUUUGAUAUAGUAUCAGUCUACGAUGGACAGCCUUCACCUGGCAACUUAAAAAUGAGGUUGUCAGGGUUCAUGCUGCCCUCUCCUAUAGUCAGCAGCGGAUCCAUAUUGGCCUUGUGGUUUACCACAGACUUUGCCGUGAGUGCACAAGGCUUCAAAGCUGUAUAUGAAGUCCUGCCCAGCCACACAUGCGGCACCCCUGGACUCAUUCCAAAUGGAGUCAUUCAUGGCUCGCGGUACAACAUCGGCGACAAGAUCCGAUACAGCUGUGAGUCAGGUUUUGUGCUGGAAGGACACGGCAUCCUCACAUGCAUUGUAUCACCUGGCAGUGGAGCACAGUGGGACUUCCCAUCACCGUUUUGUCGAGCGGAGGGAGCAUGUGGUGGUACUUUUCGAGGCACUGCAGGCUCAAUAACCAGCCCUGGAUACCCUGCAGAGUAUGACAACAACCUGGAUUGCACAUGGUCAAUCCUCGCUGAGCCUGGGGACACUAUAGCUCUUGUUUUCAAUGACUUCUUAUUAGAAGACAAAUAUGACUUCCUGGAAAUCAGUGGGACAGAGGCACCAAGCAUAUGGCUGACAGGAACAAUUCUCCCCUCACCAGUGAUUUCAAAUAAGAACUGGCUCCGAAUACACUUCACCUCAGACAGCAAUCACAGAAGAAAAGGAUUCAGCGCUCAAUAUCAAGUGAAGAAAGCAAUAGAGUUGAAGUCCAGAGGGGUAAAGAUGAUGCCCAGUAAAGACUCCAGUCACAAAAACGCUGUCUUGAGUCAAAGUGGUCUUGCUGGGGAUGUUUGUCCAGAUCCCGGGCUUCCUGAAAAUGGCAAGAGGAUGGGCUCGGCCUUCCAAGUUGGCUCCAGCGUCCAGUUCACCUGUGAUGACAGCUAUGUACUACAUGGAUCUAAAAGUAUCACCUGUCAACGAGUCACUGACACCCUGGCUGCCUGGAGUGACCACAGACCCAUAUGCAGAACUCGAACCUGUGGCAGUAACCUACGGGGGCCGAAAGGGGUCAUAACGUCCCCUAACUACCCUGUUCAAUACGAGAACAAUGCACACUGUGUGUGGGUCAUCACUGCGAUGGACUCUGAGAAGGUUAUAAAGCUAUCAUUUGAAGAGUUUGAUCUGGAGAGAGGAUAUGACACACUAACUGUGGGAGAUGGCGGGAAGAUAGGAGAUACUCGGAGGGUACUCUAUGUACUUACUGGGUCCAGUGUACCUGAUCUCAUCGUGAGCUUGUCCGGUCAGAUGUGGCUACACCUGCAGUCAGACGACACAAUCGGCUCUGCAGGGUUCAAGGCGAUAUAUGAAGAGAUCGAACGCGGAGGCUGUGGCGACCCUGGGGUGCCGGCAUUUGGUCGUCGUAGCGGUGAUCGUUUCCAGCACGGAGACGUGUUGACCUUCUUUUGCCAGUCUGCUUUUGAACUUGUGGGUGAAAAAACCAUCACAUGCCAGCACAAUAACCAGUGGUCUGGUAAUAAACCAAGUUGUGUCUUCUCCUGCUUUUUCAACUUCACGGCUCCAUCGGGGACUGUCUUGUCCCCAAACUACCCAGAGGAGUACGGCAACAACCUGAACUGUGUGUGGCUGAUUAUUUCUGAGCCAGGAAGCCGCAUACAUCUCCUCUUUUCCGACUUUGACCUGGAGCCACAGUUCGACUGGUUGGUUGUCAAAGAUGAAGGUCUGUCUGAACCAACAACAUUUGGGACAUUCUCAGGAAAAGAUGUUCCAUCACAGAUCGCCUCGAAUGGACACAUAAUGAGACUGGAGUUUCAGUCGGAUCACUCUAAUACCGGGAAAGGUUUCAACAUCAGCUAUACCACGUUUGGUCAGAACGAAUGUCAUGACCCAGGGGUCCCUGUCAACGGUCAAAGGUAUGGGGACCAGUUUCAGCUCGGCGGCUCGGUGGCUUUUCGGUGUGAUCAAGGGUUCAUUAGGACACAGGGCUCAGAUCAAGUCACUUGCAUUAUUCAAGAUGGAAAUGUUGUCUGGUCUGCAGCUGUACCUCGCUGUGAAGCUCCCUGCGGAGGCCAUCUCACGGCUUCAACGGGUGUUGUGCUGUCUCCUGGAUGGCCCUCCUUUUAUAAAGACUCUCUGAACUGCCAGUGGGUGAUUGAAGCACAAACAGAGCAGGCUGUGAAGAUACAUUUUGACAAGUUUCAAACAGAGGUCAACUAUGAUACGCUGGAGAUCAGGGAUGGCCCUUCUGCCUCCUCCCCCUUAAUCGGCGAAUACCACGGUACCCAGGCACCUCAUUUCCUGAUUUCCACAUCCAACUUCCUGUUCCUGUUGUUCACAACAGACAACAGCCGCUCUGCCACAGGCUUCAGUAUCAGAUAUGAAAGUGUGAAAAUGGAGUCAGACUCCUGUCUUGAUCCUGGUAUCCCAGUCAACGGUCGUCGCCAUGGAAACAGCUUUUCCAUUGGCUCUAGGGUCUCUUUCACAUGUGAACCUGGAUACACACUUAGUGAUGAGGAGCCAACAGUUUGUGAACAGAAUCAUCAGUGGAGUCAUGCUCUUCCCAGCUGUGAUGCCCUUUGUGGAGGCUAUGUUUUUGGUAAAACUGGGACAAUUCUGUCUCCUGGCUUUCCUGAUUUCUACCCCAACUCUCUUAACUGCACCUGGACUGUUGAGGUGUCUCACGGGAAAGGAGUCCAUCUGGUUUUCCAUACGUUCCAUCUGGAGGAGAACCAUGACUAUCUGUCAAUUACAGAGGAUGGCAAUUUCCAGGUUCCAGUCGCUCGGUUAACGGGUUUAGUGCUCCCCCCGAGUGUUAAGGCUGGACUGUACGGGAACUUUAGCACUCAGAUGCGUUUCAUAUCAGAUUUUUCCAUGAGUUACGAAGGAUUUAACAUCACUUUCUCAGAGUAUGACUUGGAGCCAUGUGAGGAUCCUGGUGUACCAGCAUUCAGUAGGAGGAUGGGAUUUAAAUUUGGAGUUGGCGACUCCUUGGCCUUCUCUUGUUUUCAAGGCUACAGACUUGAGGGAGACAGUAAGAUCUCUUGUCUUGGAGGCGGCAGACGAGUCUGGAGCAACACAUUGCCACGAUGUAUAGCCGAGUGUGGGACAUCGGCGCUGGGACCAGAAGGUGUUCUUCUCUCUCCAAAUUUUCCCUCCAACUACGAUAACAACCAUGAGUGCAUCUAUCGCAUCACUACUGAAAAGGGCAAAGGAAUCAGGCUGAAAGCAGAGAGCUUCUUAUUGCAAGAUGGUGACUAUCUGAAGGUGUAUGAUGGAGAAAAUGCUUCAUCCCGUCUCCUUGGCAACUUCACACUUCAUGGCAUGAUGGGUCAUGUCAUCAACAGUACAUCCAACCACUUAUGGUUUGAAUUCAACAGCAACGCUUCCGGUUCCAAUCAGGGCUUCCACAUCACAUACACAAGUUUUGACCUGAUUCGCUGCGAGGAGCCUGGUGUUCCUAGUUAUGGCUAUAAGAUCCAGGAUGAUGGCCAUUUUGCCAACACUUUUGUCCUGUACUCAUGCAACCCUGGAUACAGUCUCUAUGGCAGCAGUACAUUGACCUGUCUUAGUGGUGACAGACGAGUCUGGGACAAGCCACUUCCUUCCUGUACAGCGGAAUGUGGAGGCCACAUCACCGGAGCAGUAUCUGGACGGAUUCUGUCUCCGGGAUACCCCGCUCCCUACGACAACAACCUCCACUGUACCUGGACAAUAGAGGCUGACAUCGGCAAGACUAUCAGCCUUCACUUCAUUGUCUUUGACACGGAGGUCGACCAUGAUAUUCUGAGAGUUUGGGACGGUCCAUCCGGGCUGUCGGAUGGUGGGAUCUUGUUGAAAGAAUGGUCCGGGCCAGCCUUGCCUGAAGAUAUCCACUCAACUUUCAACAUACUCACGCUGCAGUUCGACUCUGAUUACUUCAUCAGCAAGCAAGGAUUUUCUAUACAGUUUUCUACCACAACUGCAACAACCUGCAAUGAUCCUGGCAUCCCUGUAAAUGGUUCUCGGUACGGUGACAGCAAGGACCCGGGUGACAGUAUGACGUUCCAGUGUGAUCCAGGUUAUCAGCUGCAAGGACAAGACACCAUCACAUGUGUGCGGAUGGAUAACAGAUUCUACUGGCAACCUGACCCUCCAACGUGUAUGGCAACCUGCGGGGGGAACGUGAGCGGCCCCUCUGGUGUGAUUCUGUCUCCCAACUACCCCCAGCCAUACCCCCCUGGGAAGGAGUGCGACUGGAGAAUUAGAGUCAAUCCAGACUUUGUCAUUGCCCUCAUCUUCAAGAGUUUCAGCAUGGAGCCAAGUUACGACUUCCUGCACAUUUAUGAGGGUGAAGACUCUAAUGGGCCGCUUCUGGCAAGUCUCCAAGGCAACCAGGCCCCAGAGCGAAUAGAAAGCAGUGGUAACAGUCUUUUCCUGGCAUUCAGAUCUGAUGCCUCACUGGGAAUGUCUGGAUUUGCCAUUGAAUAUAGAGAAAAACCACGGGAAGCCUGUUUUGACCCUGGUAACAUCAUGAACGGCAGCCGGACAGGCUAUGACUACAAACUGGGAUCUCAGGUUUCCUAUAGCUGUCACCAUGGUUACACAAUUGUGGGAGAGGACACUAUCACCUGUGUCAUGGGACAUGAUGGGAAGCCGGUGUGGGACAGAGCACUGCCAUCAUGUAAAGCCCCAUGUGGAGGACAGUAUGGUGGGUCAGAGGGGGUUGUUUUGUCUCCAAACUAUCCUUUAAACUACACUACAAGACAGACGUGCUCGUAUUACAUCACUGUGUCCCCACAGUUUGUGGUGUUUGGUCAGUUUGCCGUUUUCCAGACAGCAAUGAAUGACUCGGUGGAGCUGUUUGAUGGAGCCAACGACAAUGCUCGAUUGCUCAGCUCCUUGGCUGGGUCACAUUCAGGAGAGACCUUACCGCUUGCAACUUCGAAUCAAAUCAUGCUUCGGUUCAACGCAAAGAGUGGCCAGUCAGCUAGAGGCUUUCAUUUUGUCUACCAAGCUGUGCCCCGGACCAGUGACAGCCAGUGCAGUUCAGUGCCAGAACCACGGUAUGGCAGAAGAAUCGGUUCAGAGUUCUCAGCAGGCUCUGUGGUCCGCUUUGAGUGCAGUCCAGGAUAUCUGUUGAAAGGAUCCAGUGCAAUGCGGUGCCAGGCAGUCCCAGGCGCCCUUGCACAAUGGAAUGCAACAACACCGAGCUGUAUAGUUCCCUGCAGUGGCAAUUUGACUGAACGCCGAGGCACGAUACUAUCUCCUGGCUACCCUGAACCCUACCCAAACAGUCUCAACUGUCUAUGGAGGAUCCAAGUCAGCGAAGGGGCUGGAAUACAGAUUCAAGUAAUGACGUUUGCAACUGAGCACAACUGGGACUCUCUAGAGAUCUACGAUGGAGGAGACAUGACAGCUCCAAAAUUAGGGUCAUUCUCUGGAACAACAGCUCCUGCUCUCCUAAACUCCACAUCGAACCAGCUCCUUCUGCACUUCCAGAGUGACAUCAGUGUGGUGGCAGCCGGCUUUCACCUCGAAUACAAAACGGUGGGCCUUACCACUUGUCCAGAACCAAUGAUCCCAGCCAAUGGCAUUAAAACAGGAGACAGAUAUAUGGUCAAUGAAGUGCUGGCUUUCAGCUGUGAGCCUGGGUACACACUGCAGGGCCACUCUCACAUUUCCUGCAUGCCUGGGACUGUUCGUCGAUGGAAUUACCCGCCACCUCUGUGCAUAGCAAAAUGUGGCGGGGUCUUAUCUGAGAUGAGUGGUGUCAUCCUUAGUCCGGGUUUCCCUGGCAACUACCCGGGCAACCUGGACUGCACCUGGCAGAUCACCCUGCCAGCUGGAUAUGGAGCCCAUAUUCAGUUCCAGAACUUUUCCUCAGAGGACAACCACGACUUCCUAGAAGUCAGGGCUGGGCCGCAGCACAGCUCUACUCUGAUUGGUCAGUUUAGUGGCUCACAGAUGCCACCUCCUUUGAUGAGCACUACUCACCUGACAAUCAUUCACUUCUACAGCGACCACUCGGAGAACAGGCCAGGGUUCAAAUUAACUUAUCAAGGUUAUCAACUACAAAACUGCCUGGAUCCUUCUCCGUUCCCUAACGGUGACAUAAUCAACAAUGACUACAGUGCUGGCCAAUCAAUAACUUUUCAGUGUUACCCUGGUUAUGUUUUGAUUGGGCACACAGUAUUAACGUGUCUUCAUGGCAAUAAUCGAAAGUGGAACCACCCAUUUCCCCGCUGUGAAGCUCCUUGUGGCUAUAACGUGACAGCUGAAAAUGGGACCAUAUAUUCACCUCAGUACCCCAAUGAAUACCCAAAUUCUCAAGACUGUACCUGGCUCAUCACUGUGCCCCACGGACACGGAGUUUACAUCAACUUUACUUUGUUGCAGACAGAGCCUGUAACAGAUUACAUCGCGGUCUGGGAUGGUCCUGAUACUUCUAGUCCUCAGCUGGGAGUCUUCAGUGGCAACACAGCGUUAGAGUCGGCCUACAGUGCCAGCUCAAAAGUUCUGAUCCGCUUUCACUCUGACUUCUCCACUGGAGGAUUCUUUAUUCUCAACUUCCAAGCGUACCGUCUGAAGAAGUGUCCUCCUCCUCCUGUUGUGGACAAUGCAGAAGUGAUAUAUGAAGACGAAGACUUCCACAUAGGUGACAUUGUGAAGUAUCGCUGUUUACCUGGAUACACACUGGUUGGAAAGUCAGAACUUAUGUGUAAGCUUAAUUCCCAUAUGCUCUUUGAAGCCCCACCGCCAAAAUGUGAAGCCCAGUGUCCAGCCAAUGAGGAGCGGCUUUCAUCAUCAGGAGUCAUACUAAGCCCCGGUUUUCCUGGCAACUACCCGAACAGCCAGACGUGUUCGUGGCUGUUGCGUAUGAUUUCAGGUUACACCAUCAAUAUCUAUGUAGAGAUGUUCCACAGUGAGAAGCAGUUUGAUGAACUGGAGAUUUUUGAUGGAUCCUCUGGACAAAGCCCUUUGCUCGUUGCUCUCAGUGGUAACCAUUCAUCUCAGCUGAACUUCACAUCUAAAACAAACCAACUCUAUUUACGUUGGUCAACUGACCAUGCAACCAACAAAAGGGGAUUCAAGAUACGAUACUCAGCUGCUUACUGUAGCAUUAAUGAUCCUCCGUUGAAUGGAGGUGUGAUCAACCGAACCAAACUCCAUUCAGGUAGCAGAAUUCAGUUCUUCUGUAACCGUGGUUACCGCCUUGUAGGCUCAAGCAACGCCACUUGCAGGCUUGAUGCCAAUGGGCUUUACAAAUGGGAUACACCAACACCUUUUUGUCAAGCAAUAUCAUGUGGACUUCCUCUGUCACCGGGCAAUGGCAGUUUCCAUGCUCAGCAGUAUACCGUUGGCAGUCAGGUCACCUACCAGUGUAACGAAGGCUACCACCUUGACCCUGGUGUAUCAGCAACAGCCGUGUGUUUGGAGGAUGGCAGCUGGAGUAAUGCUGCUUCACUCCCUAGAUGUCUGCCGAUCCACUGCCCCAGCAUUGAAGGCUUGCUGUCAGACCACAUGACUUACCACCCGCUCUCUGGUAGACUGGCAGAGUUUGGCUCUAUGGUGAUGCUGGAAUGCUCAGUGGGAUACUAUUUGGGUGCGGGGCAUCGAAUACUUCGCUGCCUUGCCAAUGGGACAUGGGAGGGGUCAGAUGACCCUGCUAACUGUAAAAUCAUCUCCUGUGGAGAACUUCCUUCGCCACCAUUCGGUGCCAAACUGGGAACGCUGACUACAUUUGGAGCAACUGCAAUUUUUAUGUGUAACCAUGGUUACACAUUGGUGGGGUCACAUGUCAGGGAAUGCGUCGCUAAUGGGCUGUGGAGUGGUGCAGAAACAAGAUGUUUAGCUGGUCACUGUGACGCUCCAGAUCCAAUAGUUAACGGCCACAUUAGCGGAGAUGGAUCCAGUUACCGUGACACAGUCGUGUACCAAUGCAUGUUAGGAUUUCGGCUGAUCGGCACAUCAGUCAGAAUCUGCCAGCAAGACCAUCGCUGGUCUGGAACAACACCCGUUUGUGUCCCUAUCACAUGUGGUCACCCGGGCAACCCAGCCAAUGGCCGGACCAAUGGCAGCGAGUUCAACCUCAACGAUGUCGUAAACUUCACCUGUAAUAGAGGAUACAUCCUCAGUGGAAGUGCUCGUGCUCAGUGCCGACUCAACGGACAGUGGAGCAGCCCCCUACCUGUCUGCAAAGUGGUUAACUGUUCGGACCCUGGCCACGUGGAGAACGGCGUCCGUCAGUCCGGUCUACGUUACCCAGAAGUCUUCAACUAUGGUGUGACUAUUGUAAUCCACUGCAAACGAGGUUUCUACCUUCUGGGUUCUGCACUGCUCACAUGCCAGCAUAAUGGACUGUGGGACAGACCAGUCCCUCGUUGCCUAGCAACUUCCUGCGGUGACCCUGGUGUACCACCCAACGCAGAGGUGUCUGGAGCCAACAGCUGGACUUAUGGCACAGUACUGCAGUUUUCCUGCCUGCCUGGUGGAGUGCUAGUGGGCAAUGCCACUCGCCACUGCCAAGAGGAUGGCACAUGGAGUGGGGCGCCACCCUACUGCACUGGUGCUAAUGCCGGAAUAUGUGGAGACCCUGGGAUCCCUCCCCAUGGUGUCCGAUUGGGGGGAGAAGAAUUUAAAACCAAGACUCUUCUGCGUUUCAGUUGCGAGGCAGGAUAUAAUCUGAUUGGCUCAAGUGAGAGAACCUGCCUUCACAAUGGCACUUGGAGCGGCACACAGCCCUUUUGUCAAGCUGUAUCCUGUGGAAACCCGGGAACCCCAGCACAUGGCAGAAUUGUCUUCAGUGAUGGCAUCACAUUCGGCAACUCGGUGGCUUACUCUUGCUGGGAAGGCUUUAAAACAUCAGGCCUGACAACGAGACACUGCACAACAAAUGGGACAUGGACUGGACAACCCCCAGAUUGCACUGUGAUCAGUUGUGGAGACCCUGGGUCUGUAGCUAAUGGGAUCUACGUAGGCAGUGAGUUUACCUUCAACCAUACAGUGAUGUACCGCUGUAACCCUGGUCAUCUGAUGGAACCACCUGGACACAGUGUUCUGCGCUGCACUAAAGACGGAACCUGGAACCAAACCAAGCCCAGCUGUAAAGUGAUCCAGUGCGGACCUCCCCCUCAAGUGCUUUAUGGGAAAGUGGAAGGCACCGAUCACUACUGGGGAUCGAGUGUUACCUACAGUUGUUUCCAUGGUUAUCAGAUGUCCAUUCCUGCUGUGUUAACCUGUGAGGGGAAUGGGACUUGGUCAGGGGAUGUCCCACAGUGUUUACCUGCCUUAUGUGGUGAUCCUGGCUCUCCUGGAGGAGGAUUCAGAGAAGGGAACAUCUUUUCAUACAGGUCCGAGGUCAGGUUCUACUGCCAUGCCCCUUACAUGCUGGUGGGCUCUUCUUCCAGAGUCUGUCAAGCAGAUGGGAUUUGGAGUGGCCAACAACCAGCUUGUAUAGAUCCUGCAUUCAACAGCUGCCGUGAUCCAGGAACUCCAGCCUAUGGUAUUCCAAUCAUGGCCCAGGGCCUUCAGGUUGGCAGUAAGAUCUCUUUCAAGUGCCGCAAAAACUACCACAUCCUUGGUUCAACAACAAGAACCUGUCUGGAAAAUCUAACCUGGAGUGGAACCCAGCCUGAGUGCAUUACUCAUUCAUGCAGACAGCCAGAGACCCCCAGUAAUGUAGAUGUUCGAGCUAUGGACCUGCCAACUUUAGGAUAUACUCUGAUAUACACGUGUCAAGAGGGUUUCUAUCUGGCUGGUGGGUCUGAGCACAGAACGUGUAAAAGUGAUGGAAGAUGGUCAGGAAAACCCCCACUCUGUAAAGUUGGAGCGAAAGUAAAUCCCAAAGGCAGAGGAGAGUCAGAUGUCCAGAAGAACAAGAUUCGUGUUCCAGUGGAUGUCUUCUCUCCAAACUCUGAGUGGAGCGGUUUCUACGAGUAUUUAGGGAAGAGACAGGCCACCACAUUUACAGUUUCUGGGUUCAAUGCCACCAGUGGACGAGUUAACGUCACAUUGCUGGAGACCAGCGGAGUGUCAAUUCGAUUGUCAGGUACCUAUAAAUCAGAGGAAAACCAGCUGCUGUUGAAGGUCUACCAUGUGAAGGGGCCAACAGAACAUUACUACAGCAAGUUUAAAAACGACAACUGGGCUAUGGAUGGAUAUGUUACCGCAGAGUCGGACCAGAAGACCUUCGUCUACCAGGGGCACAUUCACAGUAAAGAUUUUGGCAAAUUCCAUCUGACAAGACAAGGUCCUGUAACCACAGCAGUGGACCCGUCUAACCACUACACCAACAGCAGCUCUGUGGCAGCAGCAAUCUUGGUUCCGUUCUUUGCCCUCAUCCUCUCUGGAUUUGCCUUCUACCUCUACAAGCACAGGGCAUUGUCUGCUGACAGAGAUGACAAUGAGAGACCAAAAGACACCUGGGGGCCUGGCGGCAGGACACGUCCAAAGGUCCAGUUCAAUGGCUAUGUUGGUCAUGAGAGCUCCAAUGGUCAGGCAUCAUUUGAAAAUCCGAUGUAUGACACAAACAUGAAGCCCACCGAGGCUAAGGCAGUUCGAUUUGAUACCACACUGAACACAGUCUGCACUGUGGUGUAGUCCAGCAAACCUGCCACUACCUGUAAAGUGGUUCAGGCCAACCUCCAUGUGGCAGUCUGCAGUGUGGUCUGGUGGAACAA